AUGGCCACCGCACCGCGUCCUUCGAUGCUUGCGACACCGAGAAGGCCGUUUGGCACUUCAGCUCCUUCCAACGCCGAGAUGCGCAAAGUCUAUGCCGAUUUGGAGAACAACAACGCCGUCUUUGACUUUUCCAGUAUUGUCUCCGCAGUAAAGACCUUUUCCACCCGCUUCCGCGCCUACACCGAGAAUGCCAUUUCCAACAUUCACGACGACAAGGCUGAAUUCGAUGCCAAUCGCAUGGAGCAUCGCAACCAACUCACAACGCUCGAACGUGAGAUCGAGGACACCAAGGCGAGUCAAGGCGAACUGUGGGAUACCAUCGCUAAGGAGCGCGAUCAGGACGCCAAGCUUCGUGCGAGACAGCAAACACUCCAAGCUCAAAAGGCAUCCGUAACACAGCGAUGCAACGAGCUGCAGGCCGAGAUCACAGAGUUGAGGCAGAACCUCGAAAAGAAGAAGGAGGCAAAGGAGUUACAGAGGGAGAAGCUAAAGGCGCAGAUCGACAAGAACGGUCCCGAGCUGCGUUUGCUCGAGGCCAAGACUGGCUGCUCGGUGGUGCCAACCAAAGUUGGCGAUCAGCUCAAGUUCACCUUCAAUCUCAUGAACGCCGACGACUGGUCCAAGGAAUACCAUUUCACCAUCGACGUCAGCAGCAGCAGGUACAAGAUCACAUCCGUAUCGCCAAAACUUGAUACUAGCCUCCAAGAGUCAUUGCUACAAGAGCUCAAUUCUACACGCAAAUUUUACACGUUUGUCAAAAAGAUGCGCGCUGCUCUGCGUGCUCAGGUGGAGAAGGAGCGUCUCGAGGCGCGCGAUGCUGCGCGCCGUGGAGGUCAUUAA